UCCUUUAAUUAAAAAGUACGUAGUUGUAACUACCGAGAGGUGUAACUAGAAAUAAUCGGGUGUAUUUAGCAGAAGUCAUAAUCUAAUCAUCUUUCUUCCUCCAUUCAUUUCUCCGCCGUGCCCGUGACGCCGCCGAAUGGUGUGACCUGCUUUUACUCCCACCUCAAAUUCAACUUUGCUGACCAAAAUGGAAAUUACAGAACAGCCCUCUCUUUCCAAACCCAACAACACUCACACUCCACACUCCACCAAUGCCGAUUCACAACACCAAAACCCUGAAGAAGAAAACGACGAUAUCGACGAUGAAGAAGAAGAAGAAGAAGAAUAUGACGACAACGACGAAGACGAAGAGCAAAAUCAGAAUAUUCCCCAAUCCACAGAAUCCAAAUUGCGCGAACAGCGUUUCAAGGUUGAAGCCUUUUCCCGUCGAUUAUCAUCGGAACUAGUUCCAAUUCGAGUCCACGAUAUUUUGAUUAACGGAAACACGAAGACUAAAGAUUGGAUUAUUGAAGCCGAACUCGAAGGGAUCGAGAAUGCGACUACAGUGCAGGAACUCAUGCAAGCUUCGCAAAUCGCUAUUGCGAGGCUUCAAGGGCUUGAAAUCUUUGAUUCGUGUAAGGUUAAGCUUGAAGCUGGACCAGCGGAAUUGCCGAAUACUGCUAAUGUUAUUGUUGAUGUUGUUGAGAGUGAUGGAAAGCUUUCUGGUGAAGGCGGUGUUUAUAUGAAACCCUCGACUAGUACAUGGACUGCUGAAGGAACUGUUAAAUAUAAGAAUAUUUUUGGUUAUGGUGAUCUAUGGGAUGCUUCUUUGGCCUAUGGUGGGAACCAAGCGACUGAGAUGAGCUUUGGGGUGUAUGCGCCUCACCUGAAAGGAUUUUUAACUCCUAUUGUGGCACGAAUGUUCAUGCUUUCUCAAGACUGGCAGGAGUUUUCUUCUUACAAAGAGCAGUUGUUAGGCACAUCUCUUGGCUUGAUAUCGACAAAGCACCAUGACUUGGUAUACACUCUUGGUUGGCGUACCUUAACAGAUCCAUCACAAAUGUCAUCUGAGUCUAUAAGGAGGCAGCUUGGCCAUGGGUUACUGUCGUCUUUGAAAUAUACAUAUAAAUUUGAUAGGAGAGACUCGCCCAUUAGACCUACAAAAGGAUAUGCUUUUGUUUCUACCACUCACUUUGGUGGUCUUACACCGGAUCCCCGGAGCUUGCGGUUUCUGCGCCAGGAGCUUGAUGUUCGCUUUGCCAUCCCUUUUGGAUUUUAUAAUACAGCACUGAACCUUGGCAUAUCUGCUGGGGCCGUUUUUCCAUGGGGGCAAGGGUUCAGGAGCAAGCCAUCUCCACUCCCCGAAAGGUUUUAUUUGGGUGGUGAUUUCUCUCCAGUUUGCACCUUAGGAGGACCAAGAACAUUAUGGGGAUUUAAAACUAGGGGAGUAGGUCCUACUGAACCGCGAAGGCAAAGAAGAGAUGAAGCAGAUGAUGACGAUGGUGGUUCCUCUACCCGUGACUUCAUUGGAGGAGAUCUUGCUGUUACUGCUUUUGCAGACCUCUCUUUUGAUCUUCCUAUUAGGUGGUUGAGAGAACAGGGAAUACAUGCACACAUUUUUGCUGGUUCCGGGAAUACAGCUAAAUUAACUCAGGACGAGUACAAACAUUUUACUCCUCGGAAGUUCUUAGACUCCUUCCGGUUGUCCGUCGGAUGUGGAAUUGUUAUUCCUACUAGUCUCUUCCGCCUAGAGGGUAACUACUUGCACGUGCUUAGGAAGGAUGAGCAUGAUCGCGGGAAGGCUGGGUUUAGGUUCAGCUUCUCAGCUCCUUCGUAGCAGCUGAGAUCUCAUUCUUUAUUGUUUUAUGGUAAUGUAGUUCUUCAAGCAUUAAAUAUUUUUUGUUUGUCACAUCAGGGAUAGUACUGUUUUUUCAUUUUCUUCUUGUUUUAAUUUAAUUUAAAUUCAAACUAAAUCAAGAGAGGCAUUGUUUUUUGAUGCAUCAGAAAAGGUUUUUAGGGAUCUGGUUUUGAAGUGAUACAACUCCUUUGGGAAUCAUAAUGUAUCGGCCGAUGCUCAUUGCACGGCAAUGGUGUAUGAAAUUAGAAAAUAAUGCAUUGAUGUACUGCAUUCUGCAACUUUAAAAGACCCUGAUUGCUUCAGAGGAUAAAGAAAACUUUUUUGCGUUAAGAAUUUCA